GGCCCUCCCUCCGAGGACCAGUUCCGGGGGGCGCUGCAGCACCACUCGGACAGCACUGGCUUGCCGGUGGUCGUCGACUUCUUCUCGCACUCCUGCGGCCCCUGCCGCAUGAUCGCCCCCGCUUUCAAGCGUCUCGCGAAGGAGUACAAGGGGCGAGCAGUCUUCCUCAAGGUCGACGUCAAUCGGAAUUACGAGGCGGCUUCCGCCUGCAGCAUACGAGGAAUGCCAACUUUUCAGUUCUAUCUCCACAAGAAGAAGAUCUCGGAAUUCAGCGGCGCGGACGAGAGGACUUUGCGGCGGUACACGGAGAGCGCCGUGGACAGGUCCGAGGAGGUGGGCACUUACGUCGGCCUGGAGGUCACGGCUGCAGCUCUUAGAGCCUUCUACGAGGAGCACGACCAGUCAAAGUUGCCAGAGGUGGACGCGCUGGCAGCAAAGUACGCCUCCAAGACCGCCGUGUUGAUGCGGGUCAGCAGCCAGAAGUACGGCAGUUCCCCCAGAACUUCCCCGCGCCUCUCCGAGGGCGAGACGAAGAAGGCCCGCGCCGGCGCGGGCGGGGCCCCCGCGGGGCUCGGCGGGGACCUCUCCGCGCUGCCGCCGGCGGAGCUGCGGGCGGAGGUGGCCCGCCUCCAAGACGAGCUCCGACGCCGAGGUGCCCCCGCGGGCGACGGUGCCGACGACGACGACGAGGAGGUGCCGUUCUUGCCUGCGGAGAACGCCACCGCGGAGGGCGUGCACAGGCUGGUCAUCGUCGGCGGGGGCCCCGCGGGCCUCUCCGCCGCCACCUACGCGGCCCGCGCGGGCCUGCGGCCCCUCGUCCUCGCCCCCGCCUUCGGCGGGCAGCUGCUGGGCAAGGGCGUGGACGUCGAGAACUACCCCGGGGUCGUCGGGGAGCACGCCACCGGCCGCGGGCUGGUGGAGCUGAUGCGCCGGCAGGCGCUCAGCUUUGACGCCCGCCUGGUGGACGCCGCCGUGCUAGACAUGGACCUUGCGUCGCGGCCCUUCGCGGUCUGGGUGAACGGCACGCGGGAGCCCAUCCGCGCUCACGCCGUCAUCCUGGCCUGCGGGGCGGAGUCGCGUUGGCUCCAGGUCCCGGGCGAGGAGGCCUUCCGCGGGCGCGGUGUCAGCGCCUGCGCCACCUGCGAUGGCUUCCUGUUCCGCGGGAAGGACGUCGCCGUGGUCGGCGGCGGCGACACCGCCAUGGAGGACGCCCUCCACUUGGCCCGCUCCAGCAGGCGGGUCACGGUUGUGCACAGACGCGGGCGCCUCACCGCGAGCAGGUUCUUGGCCGAGCGAGUGCUGAACCAUUCUUCCAUCAGCGUGCAGUGGAACCAGACGGUGGAGUCUUUCCACGGCGCCGGAGACCUGUCGCACGUGAUGCUGAAGUCGAGCGUGGGCGGGCAGAAGGAUCGCCUGGACGUCUCCGCUGUGUUCGUCGCCAUAGGCCACGACCCCCAGACGGGGUUCCUGCGCGGCAAGAUCGAGAUGGACAGCGCAGGCUAUGUCACCCUCAAGGGAGGCACGGCGACGUCUGUGCCGGGCGUGUUCGCCGCGGGCGACAUUGCGGACCACACUUACAGGCGCACCAUCGCCCCUCCUCCCCCGAUCCUCGAAUGAUGCGAUACGGCAGAAACAUAAACUUUCAGAGGUCAGCGCGGACUUGUCGGGUCGGCACUGGGCCCUUGAACUCUGUCGCGCCAGCGGAGGCGCUGGAGGAGACCCCAGCAGGGGUCCAAUACCGAUUCAAGAAGUCUGGCGGACCCGCAGAAGCCAGUGAUAGGUUUUUUGAUCUCUAAGGUCCUGCUCCUCCUCCUGCUCCUCCGUUGCGGACCUCAUGUGCAGGCAGGCAAUCACUGCCAGCGGCACUGGGGCGAUGGCAGCUCUGGAUGCGGAGAGAUAUCUCAACGCUAUCUGAGGCGCCUUCACUGCCCCGCGACGUCAGACCUCUGACAUAUUGAUUUGUUCAAUCCGUGCACCCCAGAAAAGCGCUGGGAGUGAACAAACAACAGUCCGCUUGAGGUCUGUGUCCGAUACCGCGUCGGUCCAACGCGACGGGCUGCGGAGCGACCAAAAAUG